AUGGACGCCCAAAAAAGGUACCAGGCACUCACUGAUGAGUUCCAGCAGCUGCAGACUGAGCUCGAGGGUCUUGUCGAUGCGCGCCAGAAGCUCGAGUCGCAGCAGCAAGAGAACCAAGGCGUUAAGAGCGAAUUCGCCCAAUUAGACGAUGAUUCCAAUAUCUACAAGAUGGUUGGACCUGUUUUAUUGAAGCAGGAGAAGACCGAGGCUGUCAUGGCAGUCAAUUCCCGGUUGGAAUUCAUUGAGAAGGAGAUUAAGCGUAUUGAGACAGAAAUCGAGGAGAAGCAGGACAAGAGUGAGGAGAAGCGUGGCGAGAUUAUGCAAUUCCAAUCCCAGAUCCAACAGCAGCAACAAGCUGCUGCCGCUUCCGCUUAA